UUCCAUACAUGCCCACCUGCCUCAUAUAUAUGUAAUUCUUUUAGAAAGCAGCCCACACAACAUUUCCACCUCUCAACAAAUGCAACAAAUGCACGCGUGACGGGAAGUCGUCAUGUGUUUGCAGCGAUUACUCUCUGAUUGGAAGCACCCGUGCCUAAAUCAGAUCUCGUCGCGGCCGACUUGUAGCCAUUGGUCGCCUCUCGCAUACCCCAGAUAAAAGUCCCCAGCUACUAAAUACUAAAUGGCUUCUCCAGGCGCGACCGCCGGCCCGGCACCUACGCUCUUCGAUAAUUCAAGCAUCUGGUAUAAUUUCACUUCCUGGACGGCCCAGCACCUCAGAUAUUCUGUCAACAACGUAACCAGGUUUGCACCCUCGCUUGAGGAUCUCAUUCUGGCUGGGCCGAGGAUGUUGACCAAGCUUGGCAUCAUAUCCUUCCCCGAUGCCGUUGACGGUUUUGGGCAACGAGUCAUUGCCGACCCAACGACAUCCGACUUCUUUCUCUCCACGACCGCCGCCGCCGAUAUGCUUACACAAGUAUCCGAAGCUGCCGCUAAUGCAGCAGAAGUAUUAGAGAACGAAGAUCAGGACCCCGCCGUUUUGGUCUCCAAGUUCUCCGCCGAUGGCAGCAAGGGUUUGGGUAGCGUUUUCAGCUAUGCCACAAGCAAGUGGGCGCUCUGCUGUAUUGCUAUGGCCAUCAUCUUAAACCGCACACACAUAUUUGCAGCAUCGCGGAGAAGACUACAUCUGACGUGGCCUGUACGACUGUUUCUCCGCUUCAUACCUAUCAUUCUCUUCGCAUACCAAGCUCGGCAACUUCUACAAUCCAUCCAGUGUCAAACAUCUCCCGACUUCGCCGAAAUGCGCUGGGGCAACGCUAGCAAGACAUCGGAUCUCAUGUUUGCACAACCCUCCGCAUAUUUACAUGGGCUCAGCACAGUGUUCCUUUUGGGAGCCACCGACUACGACAGCUGCCGCGCAGUGGAGAUGGUCCCUCCGAGCAAUUACGACUACUCGAACGAAUUACAUGGAUCCUUGUCGCUGCUAUGGCCUCUUUUCGGGACAUUGUGCCUAAGUCAUUUCCUAGAAACGAUUUCAUGUGCAGUGCAAGGACGUCAAGUGGCUGUCGAGACCGGUAUGACCCUUUUCGAGCACUCGCUGGCUUUUGCCGAAGCCGACGCCGCUAUCAGCAACCAACUUGGUUGGGGUAUAUUUUCGAGUGGCAGUAGUUCCAAUAUAACAUUCCAACAAGCUUCCGGGGCUAGCAUCGCAGUAUCGAGGUCUAUGAUAAUGAAGCGGGUCAACACACCCCCCGAAGUUCUUCUAGUCGCUUUCCUCUCUGCCAUGAGCCAUAUUACCAGCCACGUAUUGGGCGUUUUUAAUUUACAAAGCCGGUAUCGAUUAGUAAGUACCGGCUUCUGGGCGAUUUGUUUCAUGGGCAGCAUCGUGAUAGAAGCUUUAGAUUUCUCUAUCGACAGUCCAACCACCAUGGGGUUUUUUAGGUUUCCUACGGUCUGCAUCAUAGGUUUCAUCCCACAUCUUUUGGUAUUUGCCGGUACGCUCGUGUGCCUUGCCAUAUAUGCUAUAGCUUUGGUACUUUCAGCGAUGCAACCUCCGGAUCGGUGGAAUGUUAACGGACAGGCCUUAUCUUUCCGAGAACGAUUCGCGCUUGCGCACGAGAACAUGCAAGCAAAUAUUUCGCUAUCCGAUAUCCGCAUAUCGCGAGAAAUGGACUUCUAUACUGCGCUACUCCGGACUGGCUUUAGUGUCAUUACCAUGGCGAGUGAAGCCGUUUACCUGAACGAGGACAGGGGCAUCAACGUGAAGAGUCGUACGUGGCUCGAAGAAGAGAGACUUAAGGAGCUUGAGUCCAUACGUAUGCAAUGGGUCGGAUCGGGUCUAAGCGCUUCGCAAUACGACUCCGUAGGAGCCAUAGGGUUAGUGCCAAUCAAAGACGGACAGCUUGGUGCGUCAAGCGGAUACGCGCGAGAACGAGCGGCUCAGAUAAUCCCUAAAACGCGCAUCGGGGAAAAACGUGCUAGAGAUGGAGUAGGGGCUACCGAGCGUAGCUCGCGUUGGCUUCUGGCCGUCGAGUUUAUCAUGAAUAUUAACAGGCUUCUAUUGCGAUGGGGCGCAGUACUUCUUCUAAAGGCUCUUAGCCGUCUUGGGAUUACAACCCGGCCUCGCAUCUUGGUCUGGCUUUCUCGCUGGCCGAAACAAGACAACAAAAACGAAAGGAAACCCCCUACAGAAGCGCAUUCCCUACUAUUGGGUCGAAAUAGGCGGAGCAGUAGGCUCUAUAAUGACGAGACUGCCGAUGUUGAGGCUGAAAUACGAAGACGUCUUAAGAUGGCCCCUGAGACAGCUAAUAUGCCAGAUGAGGAGCUGGACUCAAGGCUGUACAACUCUUGGAAGUACGGCGAUUUAUGGGGAUCUGUGGAUACCAGCGGUGAUUGGGAGCCGGACGAAAAUGAUAGCAAUUGGGAUACGACGAGUACGAUAUACAGUAUCGCGGGGGAUGAAGACGAUCAGGGUCAGUGGAUUGAUGAGAACGAUUUCCAGGAAAACGAUGGCCAGAGAACACCCACGCAAGCAUCUCCGCACUUCUCAUUAUCCCGUGAAACGACUCCCUUCGACCAACCCCUGGCCAUGAACGAUCUUGCCAGGCUACUCCAUCCAAGAAGCCCAGAGGAGCGCCGCGAAGCCCACGCCCUCGCCGCCCACCUAAGCAGUGAUCAGAUUAUUACGCGUUCUAAGUACGCGCGCAUGCAACAGAAUCAACGCGGGCGCCUUUUCUUCCCACAGCGGGCUAGCAAAAACAAGCUUUCGGACGAGGAAGAAUCCGAGCUCCUUGAGGACUUGAUUAUCGCGAGGCGAAUAGAGGUGGCCCAUGAUAGCGACUUCCAACAAGAUAGUAGCGAUGACGACAGGGGAGGGCCUCAGUGCGUUGUAUGCCACUCAUCUCCCCGCAAAAUUAUUGUGUGGCCGUGUCGCUGUCUCAGCCUAUGUGACGAGUGUCGCGUCACCUUGGCAAUGAACAACUUUGAUAAAUGCGUCUGCUGCCGUAGAGACGUCGUGAGCUUUAGCCGCAUAUACGUACCCUGACGACUGAGUUCCAGUCAUACGUUCGUUCCAACUCUACGUGCGAUUUUCCCUCCGCUGACUUCGGGCCCUUACGGAUUCUUUGUCCACGACUUUUGCCGAGCAGCGAAUGUCAAUCCGCAUGCUUCGUUCAACAAAUCGGCAUCACUUAGAAUUUCCUUCCGCAAUAGAUGACCUCGGUUUAAAAACGCAAGGCGAUUCAUCAUCAUCAUUAGUGGCGUUGAGGCGAACCUGGUCUUCAAGCUUCCUUUUUUUUUUUUUUUUUUUUUUU